AUGGCUCCCAGGACUGGCUUCAAACGUGGUUCGGAUUAUGAUGACACUGCAAGCCUCGAUUCCCAAGCACUCCGAAACUUGCAGAAAGCUCAUGAUGGGGCCAUCCGGAAGGUGGUGGAUUUCGACAUAAUGGCAGUCUUCUUAAUGCAAGAGUUCGACAAACACCACAUCCAUAAGAUACUAGAAAUGGUCGGCGCUGUUUUUACUGAGGGAAGCCCACCUCAAACCAUGCUCCAGAACCAGAUCAAUGAAGCUGCCAAAUUAGUCCGACAUAGAAUCCAAGCUUAUGCAGACGAAAUCAAAGUCAACCCAGCGACCAAGAAACCCUUUUGUCUCCGCUUUCCAACACUCCAGUCCGUGAUAUCCCAUUCCAUUAAAUUGGAAAAACAAUGCGAACUUCUGCCCAGUGAUUCAAUGGUCAUACUUCUUGAUGAGGGGGGCAUCUGUGUGGGAGUAGGACUUCCUCCAAAGCCGGCUUCCAGCAACACAGUUCAUAUUCCGACCGAUGUUAGGGCCGAAACCACCCUCAAUGCUUUUGUUUCAGCUAAUGUACUGGAGGUCAACCCAAACGAAGAGUUUGGUGAUGGUCCAGAUACAAACUUGCCUCCUAUGUCACCAUUCCCACUUUCGUCAAACCCUAAGGGUCUGGUUCGUGCUGCCAAGGAGGCAAAGGAUUCCACUUGCUCAUUUCAGGCAUAUGGCUUUGGGUUGGGAAGUCCCCUGUCAACUGGAGCUGCCGACAAAAAAAUCCCCUGUUUAACCCAUCACAUCAAAACUGAAGAGCUACAGGGCUGGGGAGACGCUUGGCGAUCAGACGAAGAAGAAGAGCCUCACCUUCCAGAACCAUUGAGGUCUGAAACUGGCGCAACCUUCAGGGGCCUAGUGGAACUGAGAUGCGACACGGUAUAUUACUCGAGGGUUUCUUAUUGGAUCAACAAAAUUUUCCUGCCUAAAUCUUCAGCUGUAGCCGAACUGGCUAUUGAAUUUCUAUCUAAGAAUAGAUCUUCUGCAGUAAAAGAAGCCAUUGAAAGAGAAAACAACCCCAUUGUUGCUGCAUACCCAGGAUCACAUGGGUUUUCAUUCCAUGGACCAUUUCGUAUCGUUUUCCAUGGUGUUUCGCAAUUCCAUUUUCCUGAGGAAGUCAAGCAACGCCGAAGAUAUUCUGUUGCUAUGUGGAGCCGAGCCUCUUCGUUUUCAGCAAUUGCUAGAGGUGUGGCACACAAAGCCGAAAGUGAAGUCUUCAGUGAUAGGGAAUACUGGCUUCCGGUUUAUCCCAAGUAUUCUUACCCAAAAAUUGUAGAACUUUUGAAAGCAGAAGUGAAAACCAACAAGAAAGCCAGACAAUUGUUACAAAAUCGUUAA